AUGGUCGAAAUCGCCUCGACCGACAACCGAAGACAAUACGACCGCUCGAAAAAAAGCUUGUCGUCAAUGAGCUCUCUGCUGCACCGUCUAACGUUCGUCCGUCGCCCGGACGAUGAUGAAGAGAAGAACAGAAGCCCUGAAAGGCAGAAAAAGAAGAAGGAAAAGAAGGAGAAAAGAAGGAAACGAGAGAGAUCGCACAAUCAGGAACACAAGAGCAGGCAUGAGGGUGGCCACAGUCGUGAAAAAGAAGAAGAGGAGAACAAGCAGACGAAAAAGAAGACCUCUUUGCUACGAGAUGAGUGGAUGUCCAUGCCCUUUAUGAAUUUCGAAGCAGAGUUUAGUACUGUUUGUAAAUCACCGAAAGAAAUAGAAACUGAUCGCAAGCAACAGAAGAUCCGGGCAGAAAUUGACGCCGGCAUGAGAGAACCCGUGACAGGCAUGGUCUAUGGACUUCAUGAUCCAAAAAAUCCAGAUGCUGAUCCGACAGUGUCCAGUCAAAUGGUCGAAGAAGAAGCUGGGAAAGCAGAGAAAGCAGAAGCUGAAAUGCCGGUAUUCGGCGAUGGAGGGGCAAGCUGGCGAGCGAAGAUGUUGAAACGAGCGGCUGAUCGUGCGCGUUCGUCAGGCAUCGCUUUGGAGAAAGUAGUGAGCGAGAGAUUCGGGUCUGUAAGUGCACUGAAGAGCAGUGCUCGGGGUUCAGCUAGGGACCAUGCACACCUGCAGUAUAAACAACACCGGAUUGAUGACGGAAAGAUUGUCCACAUGGCAUCAGAGCGACGACGAAUGUUGGGUACGCGGCAUGAUGCAAAGGAUAAAACUCUGCUUUCGAACUACUCGAAGCGAGUCCAGCGAUCAUUGCUGAAACACGACGUGGAGGUUGAUCGUUCGAGCUAUCAACUGCAAACGAAUAAACGCUCGUUACAGCGCAGAGGUGAUUUGAAGGAUGAGGACGAGGAACCGAUUGAUUACGACAAGCUGCCUUCUUUAGAAGACUGUUGUUCCAGAGCUGUUGCUUCUCAGCGUGUAGGUCAUCGUGAGUGCAGUCAGGAAGACGAUACAACUUGCUCUCGCAAAAGCAAUCAUCGCCAGAAGAGACCUACCCGUAGUAGAAGUCGCGCCAGAGCACGAAUGGACGACUCCAAACGCCAACGCAGGUCAGAAAGUCGGUCUCGAUCUCGAUCGCGACCUUGUCGACCUCAUUCUUCAUCGAUUGACCGCGGCGUAAACUCCCCAAAUUUAAGCAAAGCUAUUCGUGAUCAGCAAAAAACAACGUCGUCGGAGACUGAGAGACCCAUAGUACCGACGCCAGCUGCUUCCGAAUUCGAGAUAAGUCGAUCCCGCUGUGCCAAAGCAGAAUCGUAUGCUGAGGGGCUUGAUUUGGAAAAACGAAACGCGUUUUUAUACGGCAGUAAGGAGUCUACUGUUUCUUCAGUCGUGGGUAAAUCGGACUCUUCAACUUCGCAAUUUGCAACCGAGCUGCGUGGUUCAUUUGCAUCCAGAGUCGACAGGACGCCUGACUCAUCUACAAGAAGGUCCACAUCCGAUUUCCGUGCAAAACAAUCUCCUGACAAAGAGGACGGCAAGGCCGUGCUAAACAAGCUGGCAGCGAAAGCCCUGCGCGCUCAGAUGAUGGGCAAGACAGCUCUUUUUCAAAAGUUGACAGGACAACUCAACGAGUUGGAGGCUCAGCUAGAACGGGAGAAGACUACAGCUGCUGUUCCACAUUUCGAGGCUAUUAAUGGUGCGUUGCCGCCUCUUGAAAAAGAGGAUAUGCGCUGCGGUCUGCGCAAAGGGAAGAAGAAGCUUACAGGCUCAACGGACACUGCCGAAAUGGGUGUGGCAGCGUCUCUCGAAGCGCUGGUGCGAGAGGAGCGAAUGUCUCGUGCACAUCUUGGAAAGGGAAACAUGGAUUCGAUCUAUGCCCAGAAUAUUGUUCGGCUUGGCUCGCGCUACAAGGGAACUGAAGUGAAUGCCCAGAACCUACCCAGCGGCUUUGACGAGGAGGAACAGGUGGACAUGAAAAUGCUGCGACAACCUGGUUCGAAUCUGACUCGGCGUGCCCAAGCUCAGCGGGAACAUGGAAUUGCUUUAAAUGAGACGAAGGGAUGGGAUGAGCGGACACGAAAGUGUCAGCUGUGUAUGAAGAGUCAAGCCUUUAAGAAACACCUGAUGCUGUCGUUGGGCGAGUUUACGUACCUGGCUGUACCGAAUCGACCUCGGUUGCAUCCUGGUCACUGCGUGAUUGGGUUGAUCGAUCACACUUGCUCUGUUGUUCAAGCAGAUGAGCAGGUGAUUGAAGAAAUUGCACGUUUUCAGAGUGCACUAACCCGCAUGUGUGAAGAGCAAUACGGCAAAAGUAUGGUAUUCAUAGAGCAAACAAGCGCACCUUAUCGAAAAAGGCACACGCUGAUUGAAUGUGUUCCCGUUGAUCCUGAACUGGCGCUGGAUAUACCACUUUACUUCAAGCAAGAGCUGAUGCAGGCCGACGGAGAGUGGAGUACACACAAACCAGUUAUUGACACGAGCAAAGGCGGUGUUAGGAAACACGUUCCACCGAUGUUUCCAUACUUUCACAUUGCAUGGUGCACGCAGGAACGAAAAAGCGGGUACGCGCACGUGAUUGAGGAUGAAAACAAAUUUCCGCGAGACUUUGGCGUGGAUGUCGUGGCAGGCAUGCUCGGUGUGACGCCACCUAGCUAUGGACGACGGGUGGGUGGUAAUCGUCGCUCACUUGACGAUGACAAGCGGGACGUGAUCGCAUUCCUAAAGGAGUGGAAGCCGCACGAUUGGACGCGAGAACUUGAUGAUGGAGAUAUUGAGUCGGGUCGUAAAUAA